AUGGGUCUCGAUGUUUUAAAUGGUACGCAGAUAAUAGUGCCCUGCGGCACGCAGUUCAAUUUAACCCUCAAUGCUACAACAACUCCGUUGGACGGGUGGUUAUGCGGUCUUGGAGCAAAAGAUAAUUCGGCGAAAGAUAACUUUCGAAGUAACACUGGGCAGGAGUUGAACUUUACCAAGAUCAGUUGUGGAGACGGAUCUUAUCUACAGAUUAACUCCACUACCAAUGUGUUAGAUGGUUAUUUUUGUGCCAGGUCGGAGUCGAAGUGUUACCAAGCCAAGAACAGUGCUUCGAGCAAGAGAGUGUCUUGGAAACCAUUAUUGGCAAUUAUUGUUUGCCUAUCAUUAGCUAACAUCUAA